AUGGCGGCGCCGGAUACGGUAGGGAGUCGAAUAUGGCUCCUGAUUAUAUUGGUGUCAACACUGCAAGUUUUAAUACCAGUGUUCUGUGAUCCAGAAGUGUACUACGAGAAGCAGCGGUAUGAUGGUUGGUUCAACAACAGAGCUUACCCAGACUGGGGAUCCGUUGGUAGUCGUCUCACACGCAAAACUCCAGCAUCAUACGCUGAUGGAGUCUACAUGAUGGCAGGCGUCGACAGACCCGGCGCCAGAACAUUAUCCAAACUCUUCAUGAGAGGACAAGAUGGGUUACCUUCGUUAGCAAACAGGACAGCAUUAUUGGCGUUCUUUGGCCAGGUCGUAACCGGCGAGAUUGUAAUGGCAUCCGAGUCGGGCUGUCCUAUCGAGCACCAUCGCAUACCAGUGGACAAAUGUGACCACAUGUACGACCCAGAAUGCAACGGAGCCAAGUACAUGCCGUUUCUUAGAGCAGCAUAUGAUCGGAACACUGGUCAGAGUCCUAACAGUCCUCGAGAACAGAUAAACCAAAUGACUUCGUGGAUCGACGGCAGCUUCGUGUACAGUACGAGUGAGGCGUGGGUGAAUGCAAUGAGGUCAUUUCAGAACGGGAGUCUUGCGAGUGAAGGAGGGAUGCCCCUACGCAACACAAAGCGAGUGCCUCUAUUCAACAAUCCCGUACCGCAUUAUAUGAGGAUGCUCAGCCCUGAAAGAUUAUUCUUAUUGGGUGAUCCGCGUACCAAUCAAAAUCCAGCGAUGGUGACGUUUGGUAUCCUACUGCUUCGCUGGCACAACGUAGUGGCCGCUCGCGUACAUCGACAACAUCCUGGGUGGAGUGACGAACAACUUUUCCAACGCGCAAGAAGAAUUGUUAUUGCUAGUUUGCAGAACAUAAUCCUCAAUGAGUACGUGCCAGCAUUUUUGGGUGUCCCGCUACCGCCAUACAAAGGUUACCGCGCGGACGUGGCGCCAGGAGUGACGCACUCGUUCGCAGUGGCCGCCUUCCGCUUCGGCCAUACUCUUGUACCACCCGCCAUACUACUGAGGGACAGAAACUGUAAAUUUGGACGAGCUCCUGGAGGACAUGACGCCAUUAGACUGUGCCAAACUUGGUGGGAUGGAAAUGAUGUGAUGUCUCAAGUACCGAUUGAAGAAGUACUAUUAGGAAUGGCGUCUCAAGUAUCAGAAAGAGAAGACGCCCUACUAUGUUCCGAUGUUCGUGACAAUCUGUUUGGACCAAUGGAAUUUUCUAGAAGAGACCUCGGAGCUCUUAACAUUAUGCGUGGACGAGAUAAUGGACUCCCAGACUAUAAUACAGCAAGAGAAUAUUUUGGAUUGAAGAAAAUAAAAACUUUUAACGAAAUCAACCCUCAACUCUUUGAGAACAACCCGGAUCUAUUGCAAAAACUGAUUCAAGCUUACAAUGGACGACUUGACAACAUUGAUGUUUAUAUUGGUGGAAUGUUGGAAUCUACUGGUCAUCCCGGGGAACUGUUCAGAGCUAUCAUAAUAGACCAGUUUACCAGAAUCAGAGACGCUGACAGAUUUUGGUUUGAAAAUGAACAAAAUGGUAUCUUCACAAAGGAAGAGAUCGAGGAACUGCGUCAGAUUACAAUGUGGGAUAUAAUCGUGAACAGUACGUCUCUUGGUCCACGGGACUUACAACGCGAUGUGUUCCACUGGCGCGCUGGAGACCCUUGCCCUCAACCAUACCAGCUGAAUGCAUCCAAGUUACCACCCUGCAAAUACCUUAGGGGAUAUGACUACUUUGAAGGCAACGAGUUUGCAUACAUUUACACUUGCUUGAUACUCGCUUUCGUACCGAUACUUUGCGCUGGCGCAGGAUACGGAGUGGUUAAACUACAAAACAGUCGCAGAAGGAAACUGAAAAUCCAACAAGAGCAUUUGAAAAAUGCACAGUACAAAGGUUCAGUGGAUAAAAUGGUAUGUCGUGAAUGGGUGCACGCUUCACACAAAAGGCUGGUGAAGUUACGUUUGGGACCAGAACCCGCUUUACACGUCACUGAUCGGAAAGGAGACAAAUUACGAACCCUACCACUAGAUCAUACUGAUCAACUCACAGUUCUUGAAAGUCAGGAAAGCAGAACAAACAAACGUCCUCUAGUCUUGAUCCGUGCACCACGGGAACAUGAUCUCGUGUUAGAAAUGGACUCCGCAGCCUCACGGCGCAAGUUUCUAGUCAAACUGGAUACAUUUUUAGCAAACCAUAAGAAAGCACUUAAUUUGACCCAGGGUCACCGUGAACAAAUUCUAGCUACAGCAGAAACAAGAGAACGAAGGCAACGUAAACUAGAACAUUUCUUUAGAGAAGCUUACGCCAUCACAUUUGGAUUGGCUCCUGGGGAGAAGAGGCAUCGAAGGAAUGAGGAGGCUGAUCCUGAAUCUAUUGUAAUGAGAACAUCACUCUCAAAGAGUGAAUUUGCAAGCGCACUUGGAAUGAAAGCAGAUGCUGUGUUCGUUAAGAAAAUGUUCAACAUUGUCGACAAAGACGGAGAUGGCAGGAUCUCUUUCCAGGAAUUUUUGGACACGGUAGUCCUAUUUUCUCGAGGAGCGACAGAAGACAAGCUUCGCAUUAUCUUUGACAUGUGUGACGAUGAUCGUAACGGUGUGAUUGACAAGGGAGAGCUCAGUGAGAUGUUGCGCUCCCUAGUUGAGAUCGCCAGGACCACGUCACUGAGAGACGAACACGUUACUGAACUUAUUGACGGCAUGUUCUCUGAUGCCGGUCUCCAACAUAAAGAUCAUCUAACGUACUCAGACUUUAAAGUAAUGAUGAAGGAAUACAAAGGAGAGUUUGUCGCCAUCGGCUUGGACUGCAAGGGAGCCAAGCAAAACUUCCUCGAUACUUCUACAAACGUCGCGAGGAUGACCAGCUUCCAUAUCGAACCACCUAUGGAACAGUCCAGGCACUGUCUUCUCCUAAAAUGGGACUACCUAACAACUUUCCUAGAAGAGAAUAGACAGAACAUCUUCUACCUCUUCGUCUUCUACGUGGUGACUAUCGGACUGUUUGUAGAAAGAUUUGCACAUUAUUCGUUCAUGUCGGAACAUCUAGACUUGAGACAUAUCAUGGGUGUUGGUAUCGCCAUCACCAGAGGUUCUGCUGCCUCUUUAUCUUUCUGCUACAGUCUGCUACUAUUGACCAUGUCGAGGAAUCUGUUGACCAAAUUAAAGGAAUUCAGCAUACAACAAUACAUUCCACUAGACUCGAGUAUACAGUUCCACAAAAUAGUGGCAUGUACUGCACUAUUCUUCUCUCUACUACACACGGCAGGACAUAUGGUGAACUUCUACCACGUGUCAACGCAGCCAGUAGAGAACUUGCGUUGUCUCACCAAAGAAGUACACUUCACGUCUGAUUUCAGACCUGGCAUUACGUACUGGGUAUUCCAAACUGUUACAGGUGUGAGUGGAGUGUUACUAUUCGUGAUAAUGUGCAUAAUCUUCGUAUUUGCGCACCCUGUGAUCCGCAAGCGCGCAUAUCCGUGGUUCUGGCGCGCACACUCCCUACACGUGCUCCUUUAUGCGCUCUGCCUCGUACACGGCCUUGCAAGGCUCACUGGAGCACCUCGGUUCUGGAUAUUCUUCUUAGGACCUGCUAUUAUUUAUACGCUUGAUAAGGUGGUCUCCCUACGAACAAAGUACUUAGCAUUGGAUGUAUUAGAAACCGAAAUGUUACCAUCAGAUGUGAUCAAAAUAAAGUUCUACAGGCCACCGAAUCUAAAAUAUUUAUCAGGUCAAUGGGUGCGGUUAUCUUGCACGGCAUUCAAGAAGGAAGAGUUCCAUUCAUUCACUUUAACAUCAGCUCCUCACGAGAACUUCUUAUCGUGUCACAUCAAAGCACAAGGUCCCUGGACAUGGAAACUAAGGAAUUACUUCGAUCCCUGUAACUUUAAUACCGAAGAUCAUCCUAAAAUUAGGAUCCAAGGUCCAUUCGGUGGUGGAAACCAAGACUGGUACAAGUUCGAGGUGGCAGUGAUGGUGGGCGGCGGAAUCGGAGUCACGCCUUACGCGUCGAUACUCAACGACCUCGUGUUCGGAACAUCCACCAACCGAUACUCAGGGGUCGCCUGCAAAAAGGUAUACUUCUUAUGGAUAUGUCCAUCACACAAACACUUCGAGUGGUUUAUCGACGUGCUACGCGACGUAGAACGUAAGGACGUCACCAAUGUACUGGAAAUACACAUUUUCAUCACGCAGUUCUUCCACAAGUUCGAUCUCAGAACCACUAUGCUGUACAUCUGCGAGAAUCACUUCCAGCGUCUGUCACGGACGUCGAUGUUCACCGGCUUGAAGGCGGUGAAUCACUUCGGGAGGCCAGACAUGUCCUCCUUCCUCAAGUUCGUUCAAAAGAAACAUAGUUAUGUAUCAAAAAUCGGUGUGUUCUCGUGCGGUCCCCGUCCUCUCACCAAGUCCGUGAUGUCUGCGUGCGAACAAGUGAACAGGACGAGGCGCCUGCCUUACUUCAUACAUCAUUUCGAGAACUUCGGAUAA